AUGGAAAUUGAUGGCUAUAAUGUUAAUGCAAAAUAUGAUGGGGCGGGUGAACGAGAUCUUCCUGAUUUUCCAGACAUUAAAUGGUAUUCAGAACAUGUGCGUGAGAGCCAGUACUUGCUUCAAAUUGUAAAAUGUAGAAAUACAGAAUGCUGUCGUCCAAGAAGUGGCCUAUUUAGAUUACUAGACAAUAUUUUUCUUCCACCACCUGUAAAAGUAAAACAAACAGAUGGUGACUUGGCUUUGGAUGAAGGGGGGCAAUUUCUUAAUCUUCCAGUCAAUUUAGCUCUAUGCUUAAGUGCUUCACUCAAAGAUUUCCUGCAAAUGACCGACGGUCCGCCCAUGUUGAUGAGAACCACGCCGGUUUUCGGUUUUGCGGCGGCUGUAGAAGCAUUUCUAAAUAGUAGGAGUUUGUUUCCUACGCAAAGUAAUGAUGUGCGGAUUCCCUAA